CCAAACUCCCUCUUCUCUCCCUUUUCUCCUCUUUAUCUCUCUAAACAAGUUAAGUUUCAAUAAGCUCAAAUCAUGGCGAUAAAGAAGUUGAACAAAGUGGCAGCAGCGUCUCAGUCGGCAUCUCUAAAGAAAAUCUUGAAAAGAUGCUCAAGUCUUGGAAAGAAGAAUCAAGGUAAUUGCUACUUCAACGACGUGCCAAAAGGUCACUUCCCGGUCUACGUUGGUCAGCAACGUAGUCGCUACGUGGUCCCAAUCUCAUGGCUAGCUCAUCCUGAGUUUCAGACACUCCUUCAACUAGCUGAGGAAGAGUUUGGGUUCGAACACGACAUGGGUCUCACUAUCCCUUGUGAUGAAGUUGUCUUUCAAUCACUCAUCUCCAUGUUCAGAUAGAACUCUAUCUCCAGAGAGAAUGAUCACAUUGCCACACCCUAGACUCGGAAGACUAAAACAUUGAACUUAUUAUCAAGAAACAAGAAUAAGGAAUAUAUAAAUAUAUAUUUUUCUUCUUUGCAAAGAAGAUAGAAUCAAAUGGCGGGCAUCGCGUCAAGCAUCGACUCAAGAUUUGUAGCUAUAUUGAUAUAUCUAACAGUUUUUUUAUAUAACUACUCUCUUGGGAUUUUUCUUUCUUUCUUAUGAAUGUUUUUGGGGUCAAGUCUAUUUAUUUUGAAUAUUUUCUAUAUUAGUUUGGGUGGCGACUUUUCCCUUAAGUCAACGUGUAUUGUUGACCGUUGGUUCUUGAGAGGAAUAUCUAGUUUAUUUGUAUUAAUUUUAAAUCAAUACAUUUUAUUUUCU